AGGAAUUGUCGAUCUGCAUCCAGGCGUUGGUCGGGGCCACUGGCUGCACUUUUAGGUAGUGGUGUAAUUAAAAAUGAAGACAGCGAAGUUUGAGAAUGCGCACUCUCUUUGGGCUUGGCUUCUUGAGUAAUUAUGCGUCCCGGAGAAUUUGAUGUGAAACUCGUUUCUGGAUAAUUUCUAAUAAAUAGGUGAAGGAAAUAGAGGGAUUGUGCAGUGGAGUUUGUUUAUCAAGCUAUCUUCUUUUAUUAUUUAUUAAUUUUUCUUUAACCCUUUUUCUCUAAAAGGAAAAAUAAAAAUUACCUUUUUUCAGAAUAAUAAUAAUAAUUAAAAAGAAAAAAAAAAGAAAAGAAAAGAAAAGAAAACAAACAAAGAGGUGUUGUCUCCACCUGAAAAAACGGCAUCGUAUCAUUUCUCUUAUUUACAGUCAUCCGCUUCGAGACGUUAAAGGGGGCGGCGAAAAGUCUCCAGCCAUGGCUCUGUGCUGGUGUAGUACCAUGACAAUGAUGUCAGGCGCAUACAAGCAACCACAGAAAGGAAAGGGGAUGGGGGUGGGGAUGGGAAUGGGGAAGGGGAAGGGGAAGGGGAAGGGGAAGGCCCAGACAAAGCAAAGGCAGAGCAGAGGCAGUGAUGGCAUUGGGUUCGGGGGCAAAAGAAACGAUCCUACAUGGCAGUGCAUCCAGGGUUGUGGAGCCUGCUGCAAGCUUGACAAGGGUCCUUCCUUCGCCACCCCUGAAGAAAUCUUCGACGACCCUUCUGAUGUCAAGCUUUAUAGAAGCAUGGUAGGCCCCGAUGGGUGGUGUAUACACUAUGAGAAAAGCACACGAACAUGCUCCAUUUAUUCUGCCUUUAAUCUCAGAUCGUCCAUAUUUUUGUCGUGUGGAGCCAAAUGUUUUCCAAACAUUGUAUGGAAUUGGCAAGAAGAGAUUCAACAAAGAGGCAUGCAGUUUCUGUGAAGAUACCAUCAAGGCAAUUUAUGGCUCUCAUUCACAAGAGUUGGAUAAUUUUGUUCAUGCAGUACGGAGCACAGAUUCUAGUUAAACUAUUUGGUUUGCCCUGUUAUGAAUGCUCAAGGUUCUGAGCAGAUUCUAUUGCAUCUGAGGUAUAAUGCAUAAACUUGAUUGCAAAUAAUCUUGAUAACUAUUGUCCUGUGCUAUGAAGUAGGAGAAUGAAAGAUUGUAAUUACAAUGUGGCCACAAGCACAGAAGCAGUUAAAUCCACAUUUUAAAGAUGGGUUAUUUGGUCCUUAGCAAUCUAAAAGUAGUCUUCCUUAUUGAUAGAAAUGUAAUUGAGGAUGCAUUACCCCUGUCAAUCACCUGAAUAACAGGUUGAUGGGUUGGAGUGAAUCCAAAGUUGAAGCAACUGCUUGUAUUUGCACUUUUUCUUUACCAUCUUAGAGCAUCUUAUGACUUCUGUGCUUCUUUGAACUUUGUGUAGAGAUGCUCAGAAUUAUGACCCUUUUAGUUUCCAGUAAAUGCCCCAAAGAGGCUGGUAUUGACUUUUGUUGGUUAA